AGAGCCGGCUAUGGCCGCUUCUCCCCUACACGAGCCCCUUCCUUUUGCUCUUUCCCUUGUUCCGUGGUUCGGUUAAUGCUGCUGCUGGCAUUUUGCACCCGCAUGGUGGAGAUGCCGAUUGUGACAUUGGUUGCCUUGCUGCGUUUGGCGGAGCUGAGUUCUGUAGGUUGUGCGUUAGAUUUUUGGCGCUUGGGAUAGGGUUUGGACGCACCAUUUUGUCACCCGUUUGUUGCCACUUGAGGAUCCUUUCGUUUCAACUGUUUGACGGUGCGGAAGACGGUUUCGAGUGUACAGGGAGCCGGUCGGGAGCGGGUUGUUGCGGCUGUUGGAGCUUGAUCCUGGGAUGUGAACGAGUUUAAACAGGAGUUUGUUCGGGGACCGUAGGGCGGGAGCCUUCCUCGUCGCAGCCAGGGGCUGUGAAGUGUGAUUUAGGAGUCCGGAGAGGGGAGUGCGCCGAAGGUUACAGGGACCGUUCGUUGAGCUAGUUAGAUUUGCUGAUGGAUAGUAGCAGUUGGUAGGACGGGAUGGAUCCGAAGUAGUAGGGAAAGGAUCGAGGUGGAUUGGUGGUGGGAUGUCUGGCUUCGUUAUUGUUCGCGUGCUAGUAGGGGACUGAUGGUGUAGGUAGAUUGGAUCGAUUAGAGACGAGUGAGAUCAACCGGACUCAAUUCGGAUUGUGGCUUGCACUUGUGUGCGGACAUUAAGCCCUAAGUUAGAAUUCGGGAAUGGUUAGUGGUUCAUAUUCGAGGUUGGCUGGGAGUUCGUUUGGUUUAGCAGUUUUGCUAGGUUCGGAGGAAAAGGCGGGAGGAUUUAUUUAGCGCAUUAUACUCAGUCCACAUCUGUGUAUGUGUUUCAGGGUGCCAGAGCUGUUGCAGGGAGUCGCGAAUUAUAGUGUAAUCGGCCGGAAGUAGAAUUUGUGCAUACUUGGAUAAUCUUCAAUAUGUUACGGGAAGGUCCGAUUAAAGUUAAGGAUGGCUGGGGCUCGUAAUUCUGAUUUGGAAAGUUGCUGUGACUGGAUUUCUGCAUCAGGUCGCCCACCAAAGCAGAGCUUUUUCCGCAUGCGAUCAUGAGAGUUGGCCAUAAUCUCUCGAGAUUCGUGUGAUGCGGACUAAUGUCUCACAACAUUGAGGUUCCUAAUAUUAGGAACAGGAUUAGCAGCCAACUCAAAUGGACUGAGUAAGAGUCGCUCAGUUCCAAAGAAAUUGUUUGCAGGUUUAGACGCUUUGGUGCUAACAUAUAACUGUUUUUCCUUGAUCUAACCAACUAGUUCGCUGAUCCCGACAUUCUGAACGGUGGCUCAGUCCGCCUUAGUAACUGGGAAAGUAGGAACAGUGUUGGCGAAUUACAAAUCUUCAACAUUUUUGGAAUAUUCCGUUGUGAUCAGAAUGGCUCCGUCUAACAUGAAGAUCGAAAUACCAGAAUCACCAAUUCGGGAGGGUGACACUCCUUCAAGCACGGAGUCAGAGACGGAGUCCGGAGUUGUUCCGAAAAGCACUUCGACUGUGACUCGAAAAUCAGCUGGGACACCAUCUAGUAGCGUCCAUGAACUUCUGGAGUGUCCCGUGUGCACCAACUCUAUGUACCCACCCAUUCAUCAGUGCCCAAACGGACACACAUUGUGUUCCAACUGCAAGCAAAGGGUGCACAAUCGCUGCCCAACCUGCAGAUAUGAGCUUGGGAAUAUCCGAUGCCUGGCCCUUGAAAAGGUGGCCGAGUCUCUAGAGUUGCCGUGUAGGUACCAAAGUCUGGGGUGUCCAGAUAUAUUUCCUUAUUACAGUAAACUUAAGCACGAGGCCCAGUGUACCUAUCGGCCGUACAAUUGUCCAUAUGCAGGUUCAGAGUGCUCGGUAACUGGUGACAUCCCAUGGCUUGUGGCUCAUCUGAGAGAUGAACACAAAGUUGAUAUGCACAAUGGAUGCACUUUCAAUCAUCGCUAUGUGAAGUCUAACCCACAAGAGGUCGAGAACGCAACCUGGAUGCUAACGGUAUUCAAUUGCUUUGGUCAGCAUUUUUGUCUUCAUUUUGAGGCCUUUCAGCUUGGAAUGGCCCCUGUCUACAUGGCUUUUUUGCGUUUUAUGGGGGAUGAUAAUGAGGCAAAAAAUUUCAGCUACAGUUUGGAGGUCGGAGCAAACGGACGAAAGUUGAUAUGGCAAGGAGUACCACGUAGUAUUCGUGACAGUCAUCGCAAAGUGCGGGAUAGUCAUGACGGUCUCAUCAUCCAAAGGAAUAUGGCACUUUUUUUCUCAGGUGGUGAUCGAAAGGAACUCAAACUUAGGGUGACGGGACGUAUCUGGAAAGAACAGUAGGUUCCUUCUGUCCUACAUGGAUGGGGCAUUUUCUGAUGCUGCUGCAUUCUGUUUCAGCUCAACGCCAUUGCAGGGUUGCAGAAGCACAAAUCUUGGGCAAGCGGUAUGUUUUCUAGAUUCUUUCGCUUGCCGUGGGAGUUCAGAACUCGCCCCAUCCCUUGAUUUCCGUAUAUAGCAGUAUCCUAGGUCUACUCCCUUUCUCUCCCUCUUCUUUCUAUCGGACUUUGUCUCUGUCUGCAAUGCAGAAAUCUGUUUUUGGGAACUCAACCCUGAUGUAGGUUCUUAGUGAAGAUUGUCAUUGAAUUCCUCGGCAAUCCCAAUGAAAUGAUGGGUUUUGGCAAGUUCCUCAACUGUAUUUUAAUCUUGUAAGCUGUGCUGGAUAGUCAUGUCUUGAACCUUCUUUGGGUUUCUGGGCUCUUAACAUUCAGCCUCCUAGUUCUGCUGUUUCAA